CCUAAGAAUCAUCAGUCUAGUCUUUAUUUAGUUUAACAUUUCAUUCGUGUGCUUUUUAGUGGACAACGAUCAACCAUGACAAUUCACGAUAAAUCAAUGGAAAAUUAUUUGAUGAACAGUAGUUCUACAAUUGAUUUAUCCGAUUCUUUCACAGUAACUUGGUCUAGCUUAACAUAUCGUUGUUACCCAACAGCAAUGCAAAGAUUGACUAACAGUGUUAAAGGUGACCGAUCAACGUUUGGAUGUAAAACAAUUUUACAAAAUUGUAAUGGUUCUUUCAGAUCGGGUCGGUUAACAGCAAUCAUGGGUCCAUCAGGCUCAGGUAAAUCAACUUUGUUGGAGUGUUUGGCAGGAGUCAGAAAAGUAGAUCAAGUUGACAAUAUAAGGUUACACGGACCCAUUUCCCAUGUUUCCCUUUCAUUCAUACCUCAGCAAGAUCAACUGUUUGAGCGGUUGACUGUUCGAGAAGUAAUGACUUAUGCUGCUAGAUUACACUUUGUUUCAAGGCAAAAGACUGACUAUGGCAAAAUAAAAACUGAGAUUGACCAAAUUUUAACCCAAUUGAACAUCUUUGACUGUGUAGACCAAAUCAUUGAAAAUCUUAGUGGAGGUCAAAAAGGAAGACUAUCAAUAGCCCAGGAACUAAUUGCAUCGCCUGAAAUAAUAAUGAUGGAUGAACCAACAUCAGGUUUAGAUUCAUCGUCAAGUUACUCUUUAAUUGAAUUGCUGGUUAAACUUGCUUCCUCCUUGUCAAUAGCUAUUGUUAUUACCAUUCAUCAACCCUCGGCUCGACUAUUUAACCUACUUCAAGAUGUCUACAUGUUUUCCUACAAUGGCAAGUUCAUGUUUGAAGGUAAACCCGAUCAAGUGACAUCGACUUUAAACGCAGUUGGAAUUAAAUUUGACUCUUUUAACAAUCCAGCUGAUGUGUUGCUUGAUGUGGCUAAUGGUGAAUAUGGUAUUGAAGUGAUUGAAACACUUACCAAAAAAGUGUCAAAUAAAAACAAUCAGAGUUACCCAUGGAAGAAGGACAAACCUUUAGCCAGUUGUUUAAUGAACUACCGUGGUGCUUUUAAAGAUCAUUUAUGUAUACUAAUAUCACGUCAAUGUUUGAUCAGCAUCCGUGAUAGACUAUCCAUAUUACUGAAAUACUCAGUCGCUAUCAGUUUGGCUCUCCUGGUUGGCAUUAGUUAUUAUAACAUAGGAAAGAGUGAUGGAUGUUUAACGGAACAAAUUCGUACAUGGUUAAACUUGGAUAAAAUUGGUCGUUUAUUUGAACGUAUUACAGAAUCGUCAAACAAAACUCGAGAUCACGUUGGUGCUUUUUUCUUUCUCUUUGUCUUUAUAAGCAUAACCGCUGCGUUAUCUCCAGCUGCAGCUUUGCCAUUUUAUGCCAAAGCAAUACGUAAAGAGUGUUCAAAUAACUGGUAUGGACGAACAUCUUUCAUCGUGGCCUUUAUCAUUGCUGAUUUACCGUUCCUCAUACUGUCAGUGACACUUUCUUAUGCCAUUUUUUUCAUUCUGAGCAAUCAACCUUUGGAUCGAUUCUUUUCUUCUCUGUUUAUAUACAUUUUGGCCGCAAUGAACACACAGGCUCGAGGUGUCAUUUUUGGAUCACUAUUUAUUGACAAUAUGCUUUCAUCUGUACUCUUGUCUCCCAAUUCAACCAUCUAUGAUACACUUUUAUCUGGAUUUUUGAUUCGCAUCAAGGAGCUUCCUCGUAUUUUACAGAUCUUUUCAAGUAUAUCGUUUGCAAGGAUCAGUAUGGAUGGAGUUAUCGUCGCUAUUUUUGGCUUUAAAAGAUGCACCAUUGAUUUGUCUAAUGCUAUUGAAGUCACGCUCAAUCGUAUGAUUGAUUUUUUAGACACUAAUUUCAAGAUAGCACGAAUUACUAUUCAAAGAUGGACAAGUGAAUAUGAAUUACAAGCUUUGAAAAAUUCAACAGAUUCAAUUGCCAACGUUUUCAAAGAUGUUUAUAAAAGCCAUUUGGAUGAAAGUGCCGAUUCCAGUGUAAUGAGACAAUUUAACCUGACAGACUCAAUAUACACUGAAUGCGUUUGCAAAUUAUUGGUCUUGUGUUUGAUUACACAAAUUUUCGCAGUCAUAGCUUUUACGUGGCGAGGAUGCAGGAAAAAAUAAUGUACCAAGUACGUCAAUAAGUAAAUAAUUUCAAGUUAUUUUCGA